CAAAGUAAGCAUCAUUUCCAACCCUUACUUUUGUAAUUUCAAACUUCAAUGGUUGUUGAAUUAAAUUAUAUACUUGAUUAAUUCCUUUUUUUUUUUUUCUUUUUUCUAUAGCACUUGAAGCUAUGAAUCAGUAGUAUUUAAUCCCUAAAUCCCUUCAAUAUGACAUUUUAAUACGGAGUAGUCAUUAAAUUUAUAUGAUUUCAAUUUAUUGCGCAUGUGCAUCUUGAAAAGCGAUAAUUUUGAUUUUUUUUUACAAAAAUUUAUUUGUAGCAAAUUCAUGGAAAUGUCUUCCGGAGAAUGGUUAUCUGAUCUUGAGAACGAAGAUCCAACAUCAAUAAUGCAUCAUUGUCAAAAAAUGAUGAGCUCCGAUGUCUUUGAAUUCGAAGAUAUAUUUCAAGCACCAGACUUGAUCUUGAGUAACAACAUCGAGCCUGCUGUUAUGGAGGCGACCAAUAAGAUCACACCGAGUAUUGAUUGUAGUUGGAGCUCAUCUGGGAAGCUCAUAUGUUUUGGGAGCUCGGAGUUUGAAACAAAGCCUAAAUUAAGUAAUGGUAAUAAUAACAAGAGGGUUAUGUUGACUUCUAAUGAGCAUGUUGUUGCGGAGAGGAGGCGAAGGGAGAAGAUGACUCAAGGGUUUAUUGCUCUCUCUGCCCUAAUUCCUGGUCUCAAGAAGACAGACAAAGCAUCAAUCCUGGGCGAAACAGUUGAGUACCUAAAACAACUUGAAGAUCGAGCCAAAGUUUUGGAAGAACAGACUUCGAAGAGAACAAUGGAGUCUGUUUGUCUUGUUAACAACAUACAAACGCAAACUUUUGAUGAUGCUGCUAAUUCUGUUUCAUAUUCCAACAAAAUUAUGAAUCCUGAUGAUAACUUGGAAAUUGAAGCCAAGGUUCUAAACAACAAUAUCUUCAUUAGGGUUCACUCUCUUAAGAAUCAAGGCCUCAUUCAAUAUUUACUUGAGGAAAUUGGAAAGCUUAAUUUAACCACUUUAAAUUGCCAAACCAUGCAAUUUGGAAGCUAUGCCAUCACUAUCACAAUUCUUGCUAAGGCAAGUGAUGAAUUUAACAUGAGCACGCAGGCACUGGUGAAACAUUUGGGAAAUGCAGUCCAACAUAUCAUUUCCCAAAAUGUCUAAAACAUAAAGCAUGCGUAUGGAAAACCAUGCCAUUGUCGUUCAGAUCUCUUCAUUCACCAACUACUCAUCAAUCUAUCUUAAAUUCCAAGGUUUGUUGUGUGUUCUUUUCUUGUUUGCCCUUUAGUAAAAAAUAUACUACGUAAAAAAAUAUGUAUUGUACUUCAUAUGUAAUUUACCACGUGCUAGAAUUAAUAAACAAAUCUCAGCACACGAAUAUUUUUUCAUUUUUGGAAGAAAUAAAGAGGCCUAAUGUGAAGACAAAUUGACUUUUCAAACAACAUGCACUUAUUAAUGUGCCCAAGCUUUUGUUUUUUGUACUCCUAAUUUUUUACUUUUUUUUUUUUUUGUACUUUUCUCGUUCUUGAAACUUUUAUAUGGCGUUUUAUAUUACUGUUUCCUUCAAAAGAACUAAUUGUAUGCAUAACACCUAUGCUACAUUUUAAUUUUGUUAGAGCUGAUUUGGAUUAAAUGAACUAAAAAUGUUAGAGCUAGUGGCCUAGUGCCUAGUGUUUUAAUUUUUGUUUAUAUAUACUCCGUAUUUAGUAAAUAAUUAAAGGAUGCUUCUUGGAAAGUGGUACUUUGUUUGCUUGGAUUAAUUUGCUUCCCACCUUCUUAAAUCAAAGACCUGUGAAUCUGUGAUAUAGUUAAAUUAAAAAAAAAAAAAAACCAACUAUUACAAAAAAAGUUUAAAAGAAAACCUUAAUAUUAAGUGAUAAUUGUGUAUAUAUAUAUGUGUAACAUUACUACUCCGCAUAAUUAAGAAUAAGACGAUAGA